AUGUCGGCUUCCAGUUGGCCCCAAGCCAUGAUGGCCGACCACCCAUACUACCCUCCCGAUCUGGACCUGCCUGGCUAUGUACCCAACAAAAUCGGAGUACCGACCCUCCUGGCAUCCUUCGCCGGUGCCGUGGGCUUUGUCUGCUCGGUUACUUCCGUCGUGGCGCGUACGGUCCGGCCCGGCAUUAGCAAGGGCCAGGUGCUCACGGCCAUGUGGUUUGUGGUCUGCGGAUGCAUCCACCUGUUUUUUGAAGGCUACUUCGCUUACCACAAUGCUACCAUGCCGGCGCGUACAGAUCUCUUCGGACAGCUCUGGAAGGAAUACGCUUUGUCUGACCGCCGCUACUUGACGCGCGAUUCCUUUACGGUCUGUAUGGAGAUGGUCACGGCAGUCGCCUGGGGACCCCUCUCCUUUCUGAUCGGCUGGCUCGUCAUCAUAGACAGCCCCUUCCGCCACCCGCUCCAGAUCAUGGUCAGCCUUGGUCAGCUGUACGGCGACGUGCUUUACUACGCGAUCUUCUUCUUCGAUGAGUCGGUAUACGGCGCGAUCUACUGCCGCCCCGAGUCGUUCUAUUUCUGGGUCUACUUUGUCAUGAUGAAUGGGUUCUGGAUCGUCAUCCCAGGGUGGAUUGUCUACACGAGCAUCAUCGAGACUGCUAAAGCAUUCCGCGUCGCCCAGGGGAGUGCAAAGAUGAAGGGGUUGUAA